UUUUCGUGAUAUUAUCUCUGCAGAUGCUAAAGGAGUCAGCAUGAAGAACUACCAGAAAGGAGAACAACAUUCUGCACAGCUACAUCAUCAGGAAACUUGAAGCAUUAUUUUCUUGUUUGAGUGGAAGCAGUAUUCAGGAGACAUAACCAUGGGUUGCACACACUCGAGGUCGGAGGACCUCUAUAAGAAGUCCAUCAUCAACUCAGAAACAUUUAUUGGCAGUAUCACCGAGACCCCAGGGUACUUCAGUCGGACUGUCCACACCUUGGACUUCCUGGAAAACAAGUUCCCUAAUCCAACAAGAACAGAGAUGUCCUAUACUGGGCCCCCUUCCCACCUUCAGAACUCCAUCGACGUCCAUCCAUUUUGGAGUGAGUUUGGGCGCGAGUUUCAACCGACUGAUCGUUACAAUGACAUGUCGAAUGGUGAUGUCCCGCGAGGGUUGCUUCCUGGAACAGACACAGCCCAGGAGAUGAGAAAUCUUGAACAAAAAGAAUCAAUGAAAGAGUUGCGGAACCAGGUGAAGGCCAAGUUGGCCCAGGUGAGGCCGAUCCCAGAGGAAGAGCGGGAAGAACCGUCACAACCGCUGCCUGGUCAAGGUAUGGACGAAGUAGACUCUGUAAACAUCCCACCGCUGCCACCGAGUGAACCCGUCCAGACAAAAUCAUCAGAAUCAAAGAGACCGGAAUCACCGAAAACAAAAACGGAACAAUACGCUUUAAACACCUCAGACAGUACUUCGGAUAAGGACGCAGGAAGUUUCCAAGCAGAGAGAGCGGCCUUGGAUCUGUUGGACUCUGUCAUUAUGGAUAGCAUGAACCUUGAGGAUGAAGAUGACGAAGAGGAUGUUGUUGUGACUCCUCCAGUCAUAGAGGACAGCAAUUGGUCGCUCGGUACAGAGUCCUUCAUGAAAGUCGAAAUGCGCAGGCGGAACAUGGACAAGCCUGUUCCAGGCGUGAUGCUUGACACCAGUAAUAGGAACUCUCAGAAUGUUCUUCGGACAUCCAUGUACUUGCCGGAUGCAAAUUUCAUGAAUCCGCAUAGCGCAGCUGCUAAGUCCACCCAAAAUACAUCCGUUCUGGCCUACAGGCUCGAAGCGGACCAUCGAAAUGCUCUAGACAUCCGACCCCGACCAAAGAGCUCACUAGGUUUUCCAACGGACAAAUCUCUCAGUAAUGGGCUGGGUAAUAACAGUAUUGAUACAGGAGUGUUUUCCGACAGCGGAACAACGAAUAGUGCAUCAAGCAACGACAGUGGGAUCGGGUCGGGAGGGGGUGUGCGAGACUUGGUGAAGAUUUACAACGAACAGACGCGAGCAUCGAUAGUGGAACCGUCUUGGAAGAGGCAUUCAGCGAACCUUGAUGAUUACGGAAGAGGUGCGCAGAGCCGAAUUGAAAACUUGCCAAAGGACAGCAACCCUGUGCCUAAGAACUCCGCCAUCCUGGAUGAAAUUCGUAAAGAGCUUCAAUUGAAUCUCUCAAGCUAGAAAUAUCAAUUUUGUGAUGGUUUUUUAGUGAAGCAUGACUAGGUCCAAGUCUGUCAUGCGGGUCCACCAAAUACUUCUGAUCUGAUUUCCGUUUACAACGUACCCUUUCCAUUCCAAUGGAAUGGCCUAGUGCUUGUAGAACAACUCAGUCUACCUUUAUUCUUAUGUGUGGUCUUUUUUCAUAAUAGCUUUUAUAAGCAAAUGAGCUCUGGAAUCUGAAUUUGCAUGUGGUAUGUUCCAUUUUCUUCUGCGAAUAUUUCAGUCUCAUUGCUUCAAUAAUAAACAGGUCCCAAACUAUUCUGAACACAUUUAGAAAUCUAUGACACUUGCUUUUUAAAGUAUACAUGUAGCCAAAAAUCCACCUCUGUUUACAGGUUCAGGUUAAUUUAUAACAUCUUGAAACAGCAGUUCAGCAUCAGCAUUGUUUUGUUAAUUUGUAAUCUAUCCUCAUCAAUAUUUUGACAAUUGGAUGUCUUUACAUUAUUAAUACGCAUGUACAUCAAUUUGUAAUUAUGCAUGCACAUGUAUGAACAGAUGUUAUACUCAAAACUAUUAUUUACAUACAUUGUGUGUAUUGAUUUUGGUGUAAUACAUGUAUUCAGCUUUUACUGUACUUUUAUUUAUUGUGGGUGUAGAAUUGUGGUUGAUCAUUGCCCUACAUUUUUUGUAUUCCAGGUAUAUGUAUUAAUUUCCAUCUCUCUGAGGUAAAAAGCUUGGUGGUAUGUGUACAAUUUAAGUUGUCUAAAAUUUCGAAAUUCUAUAUAAGGGAGACUGUUCUUAAUGACAGAGAUCAAUUGAAUUUGAAUAAUAUACAGGCGUGUUCAUACGUGUAUAUAUUGCGAUCACGCUCAAUUCACCCCUGCUGGAAAGUACACACUGUCACGUCGUGUGAACACAGUUUGUUCACAGUGUGGACUAUUUAUGUGUGAAAGUAUUAUUCACACUGCUUAAAAAAUGUUCGAAUUCAACAGUGUGAAUAUAUUUUCAUACUGUGGACACCUCAACAGUGCGACUGUUCACAGCGUGUUCACAUGGCCGACUUUGGGAUGCACACUCACUGUUGAAUGUUAAAAUUCAACAGUGUGGAUAUAUUUGCACACUGUGGACACCAGUGUGACCGUUCUCAGCGUGUUCACAUGGUGGACUACAGUAUGUGAAUACAUGUAUGUGAUCCACACUGUUGAAAUGUUCAAAUUCAACAGUGUGAAGGUGAUUUCACAUUGUGUUCCACACUUUAAACACACUGUGGCACAAUGUGUUUUUUUCCAGUAGGAACAUGGCUACAAGUAUGUAAAUACAUUUAUGCCAGUACAGUGAAUAUGCGUGCAUAAGGUGUACUGUAUGUACAAGUACAAGGUGUACAGUAUUUCCAAGACAGUGUGGAUGACCCCUGCAUAAUGACAAUAUACUUGUGUGUUAAUACGCGUAUUUAAUUAGCUUGUAAGCAUUCCAGUGAAACAUCACCUUUAGCAUUAUACAAUGUAUGUUGUAUUGCAUUCACAUAAAUGGUCUGUAGGUGUAUUCAUUUUUUUUAUUUGAACAACAGUCAAAGCUACACAUGAAGACCUCCCAAGGAAGACAUGAAAAGUGGUCUUCAUGAGCAGGUGGAGUUUUUUGGACAGGUUCUUGUGAUACAUGUUUCACUCUUGCUUUGCGUUCAAGCCAGUACCAGCUAGUUUUUCAAUCAUUAAUAUGGGUCAUUUUUUUUACAUUAUCAUUGUAUACAAUGGACAUUGCUGACUAUGAAAAUAACAGUAUAUUGUUUGGACUUUGAAAUAAAGAUGAAUUUGAUUUUUACCAUUUUUUUUCAUAAUGUUAAUGGA